AUGGAUCGUCGGGGCUUCGUGUCGACGCUAGGAGGUCCCGUGACAGCGACAGAUGCAGACCGUGGCUCCUUUGGAGUAGUAUCGUACUCCCUGGGUUCUGGUUCGAGCAGCACGGUGCCUGCACCGGUCCAGUUCACUGUCAACAAGGAGACUGGUCAGUUAUGUUCCAGCACCACACUGGACCGAGACCAGGGGCCAGGCAACUACGACCUCACUGUGACCGCCACCGACGGGGGUGGUCUGAAUGCGGUGGCCCGUGUCCGUGUGUAUCUGGAGGACAUUAAUGACAACCGUCCAUCCUUCUAUCCCGUGCUCUACACCGUGAGCCUCAGCACCCACAGCGCCCCGGGUACCUCUGUCGCCAAGGUGACGGCCGACGACCCCGACGCCGGCGAGAACGGCAGGGUGACCUAUCGCACGGUGCCGGGAGGAGGCUCCGCCUUCUUCACCCUCAAUAAGGACACGGGUGUGAUCUCUCUCUCUCGGUCGCUGCACGGUAAAGCCAACACCCUGGUAUCCAUGGUGAUCUCAGCGCAGGAUGGCGGUGGUCUGACGGCGCCGGUAAAUGCCCGUGUGAACGUGAGCGUGGUGGGGGGCUCGGUGGCGCCCCCUCUGUUCGGACAGGCUGAGUACUACUUUACAGUGUCUGAGGAGGUCCUCAGGGGAACUGAGGUGGGCAAGGUCCACGCCGCCACCAAGACUGGUCUUUUAGAGGAUAUCUCCUACUCCAUCUCAUCAGGUGAUCCAGAUGGUUAUUUCACAGUGGAUCAUACCUCUGGUGCACUCCGCAACUCUCUCCCAUUGGACCACGAGGCCUGUCCCAGUUUCGACCUAGAAGUCCAGGCUCACUACGGCUCGCCGCCCGCCUACGGAACCACACGUGUACACAUCACCAUCUCGGACGUAAAUGACAACGCUCCCUCCUUCCUCCCCUCCUCCUCCGAAUCCCUCCUUCUGACCGAGGUGACCAAGAUGGGGGCAGUGGUGUACCGUGUCCAGGCCAUGGACCGGGAUUCUGGACCUAAUGGUCAGCUGAGUUUCCACCUGGUCUCCACCGAUGCUGGGGGCAGUAGCGGUCAGAGGAUGUUUGGGGUUGAUCGGGGCAGUGGGGAGCUGCGGCUGAUUGGUGGACUGAACUACGAGAGCGUUCCACGCUACGACCUUCAGGUCAUAGCUAAAGAUGGUGGAGCCCCCCAGCUCAGCUCAACCUUUACAUUAGUGGUCCAUGUCCAGGCUCGGGAUGCGCAGGGCCCCGCCUUCGACACGCUGACCUACCGCGUGGAAAUACGGGAGAACGUGCCUCUAAACACACAUCUCCUACAGGUCCGCGCGCUCAACAGAGAGACUGCUGGAACCUUCUCCACCUUCUCCUCUUCCUCGGUGUCGUACAGGCUGCGUCCGGACGGUGACGCGGCAGGGUUCGGGGUCGCCCCAGAUAGUGGCUGGUUGUUUGUUCGCGGCUCUCUGGACCGGGAGGCUAAGGACAUGUAUCUACUGACGGUGUUGGCCACCUCUGGACCAGGAGGGCAGGGCGUGGCGGGCAGGACUGGCAGUGCCACGGUGAGGGUCUCUGUGACAGAUGAGAAUGACAACAGUCCCCGUCUGAGUCAGGAGAGGGUGUUUCUGGCUGUGAGAGAGAACCUUCCGGCGGGUACGGGGUUCGGACGGGUGUCGGCUACUGACAGAGACGCAGGACUGAACGCCAGAAUGACUUACAGACUCCUGCACACCGACAGACACUUCCAGAUCAACUCACACACAGGUGAGAUCAGCACCCGUCUCCGUCUCGAUAGAGAGCAGCAGUCUAGCUACCAGCUGAUCAUUGUGGUGCAGGAUGGAGGCACGCCUCCUCGCAGCGCUACUGGCACCGCCCACAUCACCAUAUUGGACGAGAACGACAAUUCCCCUGUCUUCAGCCACGCCCAUCUAGACAGAGAACUGAUCAUACAGGUGAUGGAGGGAUCCCAGCCUGGCUCAGUCUUGGGGACAGUAAAAGCUAAAGACCCUGAUGAGGGAGAGAACGGAACACUCUACUACUCACUGUCAGGUUCCAGAGAUGAGUGUUUCUCAGUGAACCCCACCACAGGAGAACUACGUUCCUCUUCUCUCCUCAGACGCAGUGAGAGGGCAGAGUACACCUUGACUGUGACCGCCUCAGACCACGGCACACCUCCACACCCUACCUGUCCCUACACAUUCAGGUGCACACACCUCCCACCUCCUACUUCUGUCCCCUUACACAUUGUGGUCCUCUACCACUCCAGCUCAGUGUCACUCCACACACUCUACCUGUCCUCAGCAUUCAGGUACUACACCCCCUCUACACCUCUGCCUGUCCCUUUCGUUCAGGUGCCAUACCCCUCCACACACCUCUACCUGCUCCUACAUAUCAGUAACCACAUCGACACACCUCUCUGCUCCCUACACAUUCAGGUAACAGACCUCCACCUGCUUAUCCUGCAUAUUCAGGUACCACACCUCCACCACCUCUACCUGUCCCCUACAUAUUCAGGUACCACACCUCCACACCUCUACCUGUCCCCCUACACAUUCAGUUGUACCUCCUCCACCUGUCCCCGUUCAGAUGACACACUCACCUGCUCCUACAGCUGGUGCCACAUCACACCUCUGCCUGUCCUCAUAUUCGGGUGGCUUACCUCUACGUGUCCCCUACACGUUCAG